AUGCAAUAUCACUAAUUAGUCAAUACACUUUUGGAUGCUUAGACAGAGGAAUAUCCAAAAAGGAGAUUUCAUUUAACUAAACUUCUUGGUUCUGGCUCGAAAGGAGGAGCCUUUCUUGCUUCCUCUUCCGAUUGGGGCAAUAAUCCUAAAUAAGUAGUAAUUAAAAUACAAAAAAACAUGAAACCUAAUGAAAAAUAAUUUCUUAGUUGUUUAUUAGAGUACCAAAAUUUAUAUGAAAAUGGAAAUAAUUAAUAAUAUCUUCCUACUUAUUUAAUCAGAAUAUAUGAAAAUUUUUAAUGGUAAUAGAAUCAUUGCAUUGUUAUGGAAGUUGGACAAGAAGAUUUAUAUCGUUUCAUAAAUAACAGUAGGAAUGUAUCAAUAUAAGAAAAGGAAAAAAUUUGUUUUUAGGUAAAUAUUUUAAUAAAUAUAAUUAUAGAUUAUUUACCCAAUUCUAUUUCUACAUAAAUAGUAGUUAAUCCAUCGAGAUAUUAAACCAGAAAAUUAUAUUAAAGUAGGAAAUGUUUUCAAACUUAUUGACUUUGGUUUAAUUAGGAGUUCUAUAUCUGAAAAUAAAACUUAAUAAGUUGGUAGUACAAUAUUUCAAGCACCAGAAAUUAUAGAAAAUAGCAGCUCAUAUACAGAUAAAGUUGAUAUCUGGUCAUUAGGAUGUGUUUUUUAUGAAAUAUUAGCAACUUAACCUUUGUUUGAUGGUAUAAAUAAAUUUAUAAUCUUAGGAUAAACUCAUUAAGAAGUAACUAAAAAUAUUAAAAAUCAUAAAAAUUACCCAGUUCCUGUUAAUUAGAAAAUCAAUUAAUUAUAAAUUUCAUAAUAAUUAAAAACCAUUUUAAUUUCAAUGCUAAUUUAUGAUGAAAAGAAAAGGCCAUCAAUAUAAUAAGUUUAUGAUUAAUUCAAUAGUUACUUAAAUCCAUAACCUAUAGUAAUUCCAUAAAUUCCACUUCAUUUAGAUUAAUAUAUUACUUAAUGCAAUGAUGUAAUUGAGAAGUUAAUUAAGGAUGGAUAGUAAUAGAUUAAAGAUACCCUAACAAAUUAAAAGAGUUUUUAUGAAGGUAAAAUAAAUGAAUUAAAAAAUGAGUUUCAAACUUAAAAUAAAAUUAAUUAAAAUAAAAUAGAUUAAUAGAGUGGUGAAAUAAAUGAAUUGAUAAAAUAAGUAGAAAAUUUAAAGUAAACUUUAUUUUAUGAAAAAUAGUCAACAAAAGAAACAACUUGAAUACGAUUAAUAAAAUUUUAAAUUAGAGAUAGAACGAUUCAAAUAGAAAAUCAAAGAUGAAGAAGUAAAAUUCAAUACAGAAAAAAAUUAACUAAAUAAAGAAAUAAAAGAAUUUGAGGAAAAAAUAAAUAAAAUGAAUUAAUUUUCUGAAAAUUUAAAAAAGGAGAAUGAAAAUAAAAAUUAGGAAUUAUAAAAGUUGUUUAUUAAAAACUAAAAUAAUGAAACACUAAUUUAAGAAAUCUAAGAUAAAUUAAAAGAAUCAAGUACUUCUCUAAAUAAAGCUAAAAGUUUAGUAGACAUCUUUUAAAAUUAAGAAAAAGUUUAAAAAAGUUAAAUAUAAACUUAAGAUUAAUAAUCAAUCAUUUAAGAAAUAACAUAUACUUAAGAAUAAAAAAGUGAGAAUCCUUAUUUAAAUAUAUCAUCAUCAUAGGAAUACAAUAAUCUUAUUGAAAAUUUAAGAUUGGAAUUUUAGAAAUAAGGUAAGUAGUAUUUGGAUUAAAUUACAAAUUUAAAAAAAGAAUUAAAAGUAUUAGAAGAGUAAUAGAAAAAUAAUAAAAAAAGUAGGAUCCAAUUUAAAUAGUAAAUUGAGCAAUUGAAAACCCCCGAAAAACAAGUUGAGUCCUUAAUAGAACGCUUCAAGAAUAAGUAGAAUCUAUAAGAAUUUAUGAAAAAAAAUAAUAAACAAUAUUUAGAAUUGGUCUAGCUUUUAAACGAAAAUUUUUGUUGA